AUGGAGAAACUAUUGAAGCCUACCCGUCUGGAUCUGGACUCCAGCUCCCCUUCUGCAGCAAAGGAAUGGCGGCAUUGGCCCAAGACGUUUAACAACUUUAUUCAAGAAUGUGGUGAAAUGGCUCCAAAUAAACUAAGGACACUCGUGAACUAUGUCAGUCCUAAUGUGUAUGAAUACAUUGAGGAGUGUGUGAAUUAUGAUACUGCCAUUUCCACUUCGGAAAAGUUAUAUAUUACGGCACCUAAUGAAAUAUUCACCAGGCAUUUACUUGCUACUCGCCAACAAAAGGGAGGAGAAACUUUGGAUGAGUUUUUGAGAGAAUUGCAUAAAUCAGGCAAGGAUUGUAAUAUAAAGGCAGUUAGUGCAGAACAGUACAGAGAAGAGCUGAUCAGGGAUGCUUUUAUAAAUGGCUUAGCCUCACCUAUGAUUCGGCAGCAUCUUCUUGAAAAUAAAACUCUAGACUUACAGGCAGCUUACGACCAGGCUUACUCUUUAUGUAAUAAUCACAUUAAGAAUCAUAUAUUUUCCAUAUAUGUAAAUAAGCCCAUGACCUAA